AAAAGUUUCACCCAAUUUACCUGUCUAUAACUGCCUUAUCGUUCAUGCGUUUGGGGCCGACGGUCCCUUCUCCGAUAUCCGCCAUUCGUCGGCGCUUUUCCCAAUCACAGAUCCAUUCACCGACUGUAAUGCCAUUUCUGCUCCCCAGAACUGCCGUUAUCUUCUUCAGUCGCGCAAGGACAAUUUCGUCAAUGGCAACUUCUACCGCCGCUUCUACAACCAUCUCCUGCGCCGCUCCUAAGCCCGCUCGUCUGCGAGGCGUCGUGUUCGACAUGGAUGGCACCUUGACUGUUCCCGUCAUCGACUUCCAGGCCAUGUACAGGGCCGUUCUCGGCGAAGAAGAGUACCGUGCCGCCAAGUCGAAGAACCCCUCCGGCAUCGACAUUCUGCACCACAUUGAGAGCUGGAGCCCCGAUAAACAGCGGCGUGCUUACGAAAUCAUUGCCGAUUAUGAACAGCAAGGCCUCGAUCGCCUCCAAAUCAUGCCCGGUGCAUCAGAGCUUUGUGGUUUUCUUGAGUCCAAGAAUAUCAAAAGGGGAUUAAUUACUCGAAAUGUCAAAGCAGCUGUAGAUUUGUUUCAUCAACGCUUUGGGAUGACAUUUGCCCCUGCACUAAGUAGGGAAUUUCGUCCUUACAAACCAGAUCCAGCCCCAUUGCUUCAUAUCUGUGCUACUUGGGAUAUUCAGCCUAAUGAAGUGAUGAUGAUAGGAGAUAGCCUUAAAGAUGAUGUUGGCUGUGGGAAACGGGCUGGAGCAUUUGCUUGCUUGCUUGAUGAAACCGGGAGGUAUAAUUCUCCAGAAUAUGCGAAUGUUGAAUUUCAACCAGAUUACAAGGUCUCUUCUCUUCUGGAAGUUCGUUCGUUGCUAGACACAAAUUUUGACCUGACACCUUGAUUUCCGAAAUCCUGUGAUUUCUUCAUCUAAGGAGAGGCAUUGAGAGUAACUCCAAAGAUACUGGAUGUGUUUGUAUCUUAACCAUGCAUAGUUCAUAGUGAUAGAGCAAAAGCAGACCCGCUUAAUUGGGUUGGUGUUCAUAGUAGAAGUUCAAUAUACAAAUUUUAGCUUCUUGAUGUUUUGCUUGGGACAUGAAGAUUUUCCAGAUAGCCCUGUAUUAUUGCUUGGGACACUUUCCAGGUGACUUGCUUGAUGCAAUUCAUUCCAAUUGUACAUGUAUUUUGAAUCUUUGAUCGAAUAUAGUUUUCAAGAUUAUGGGAUA